AUGGGCCGCACGACCAAGGACAAACGGGACAUCUACUACCGCCUGGCGAAGGAGAAGGGCUGGCGGGCGCGCAGUGCCUUCAAGCUGCUGCAGCUGGACGAGGAGUUCCAGUUAUUCCAGGGCGUGAGCAGGGCCGUGGACCUGUGUGCGGCGCCGGGAAGCUGGAGCCAGGUGCUGAGCCGCAAGCUCGGAGCCCCGGGCGUGGGCCACGUGGUGGCCGUGGACGUUCAGGCCAUGGCCCCGGUGCCGGGCGUGCUACAGAUCCAAGGGGACAUUACCCAGAUGGCCACAGCCCAGGAGAUCAUCCAGCACUUCCAGGGCUGCCCCGCUGACCUCGUGGUGUGCGACGGGGCCCCGGAUGUCACCGGCCUCCGCGACGUGGAUGAGUUCCUGCAGGCCCAGCUCCUCCUGGCCGCGCUCAGCAUCGCCACGCACGUCUUAAAGCCCGGCGGCUGCUUCGUGGCCAAGGUCUUCCGAGGCCGGGAUGCGACGCUGCUGCACAGCCAGCUGCGCGUCUUCUUUCCCAGCGUGGUCUGGGCCAAGCCCAGGAGCAGCCGCCCGUCCAGCAUCGAAGCCUUCGUGGUCUGUAAGCAUUACGAGCCCCCGCCGGGCCUCUUGCUGGAUCUGACCACUCCUCCGCCCUGCCUUUCCUCCAGCCAGUUAAGCGGGCCUAGCCGCAUCCUUGUGCCAUUUGUUACCUGUGGGGACCUGAGCCCCUAUGAUUUGGGCCCAGGUGACCCCCAAGAUUUGGGGGCUUGCUCCGAGCACGAGCACAGCUCGGCCACACAGCAGCUCUGCUCACCGAGGGCUGCACGGUGA